AUGACGACAACCAACUUCGGCGUUGUGAGAAGUGCCAAGUUCAAGCUUCAUUUGAUUGUGAGGGAUGACACAGAAACAUGCAAGUUGAUGUCGCUAAACACUGUUGCUAAGACCAUUGUUGGACAUGAAGCUGUUGAUCUGUGGGAUGGCUCCUAUAAUGAGAUUGAAGAUCCAGAGCUCCUACCAGAACCUAUCAGAGCUUUAGAAGGAAAAUCUUUUUGUUUUGGCAUUUCUGUGAACUCUGACAAUGUGAGGGAUGGGGCAGGAACAUAUAAAGUUCUUGAGGUCUGGUCUGGAGAUCACAUUCUUAAAGUGGAAUCUCAAUCCGAGCCAACCUCAAUGAUUGGCACAUCAUCUUCUACCCUGUCUUCUGGUGAUGUGCUCAUGCUGGAAGGAAACAGCCAGAAUGAUCCAGAAGAAUGCAAAACACCUUUUGCAAAAUGGAAAGAGGAAGAUGCUGAUCUCCCAGACAUAACUUCUACUUCUAAGAAGUUGUGCACCUCCAUCAAAGUAGAAAAAGAAAAGGAAGAGUAA